GCUCACUUUCGACUCAAGAAGCGGGGCAAGAAACUGAAGGCGGCGAAGACCGCCGAGCAUGCGGGGAGCAAGACGGCCAACGCGGCGAGUAGCAAGGUGAACCUCACUUCCGGGGUCGUCAAACCAACGGAGUCGCGCAAUAUUAUCACGAAGGAUGAGCCGCCGGAAGCUGGCGGACUGCCAGCAGCAGCGGUUGAGGCCAGCCAGAAGGCGUUCCUGAGGGCCGAAGUCGCGCCGGGGAGCCGCCUCGCGCCGUGGAGGCUCGAGCGCGACUCGCUGGUGGAGGUCGCCCGCGCAUGCUGCGGGAGCUUCUGGCCGGCGACCUCGGACAAGGAAAGCGAUGUCGCUUCGUCGGAGUUCGAGGCGGACUUGGGUCGCAUGGUGCGCCUGCUGAGUUCCGACCUGGAGGUCGGCGUCAUCAGCGUCAGCAAGGGCGGCGUCUGCGAGGGCGCCGCGAGCGUGGUCGACAACCCCAGGUUCGGCAUGGGCGGCACCCGCGCCAACAGGAAACAAAGCAGCGAGGAUGACGACCGCAUCUUCGAGGAAAAGUUUGCGGCCCUCGUCGCAGGCAGCUGCGUGGACGUGGAGAUGGGCCACGGGCCGAGCCCCAUGGAGGGGCGUGAUCGCGAUGGCUUCCUGGACUGGAUGCAGGCGCAGCCUGGGUGCCAGGGCGAGCCCAUGGCCCUCCUCGCGCCGUUCAAGGUGCAGGAGUUUUGA